AGCCGCAGCGCCGCAGCUGAGCCGGCCGCGGCGGGCAGUCGGCCCCCGCACCGGGCGCGGGGCGGGCGGCCGCGGUGAGGCGCGGAGGGCGGCGCGGGCACCGGGGCCGGGCCGGGGCUGCAGCUGCAGCGGCCGCGGCCAUGGGGGCCCUGACGAGCCGGCAGCACGCGGGCGUGGAGGAGGUGGACAUCCCGUCCAAUUCCGUGUACCGCUACCCGCCCAAGUCCGGAAGCUAUUUUGCCAGCCACUUCAUUAUGGGAGGAGAGAAGUUUGACUCAGCUCAUCCUGAAGGUUACCUGUUUGGAGAGAACAGCGAUCUGAACUUUCUGGGGAACAGACCAGUUGCGUUCCCUUACGCCGCCCCACCUCCCCAAGAACCUGUGAAGACUCUGAGAAGCCUGGUCAAUAUCCGAAAGGACACGCUGAGGCUCGUCAAAUGUGCUGAGGAAGUGAAGAGCCCUGGAGAAGAGGCCAGCAAAGCUAAAGUCCACUACAAUGUUGAGUUCACCUUUGACACAGAUGCUAGGGUAGCCAUCACCAUCUAUUACCAGGCCAUGGAAGAGUUCCAGAAUGGUAUUGCCAGCUACAUUCCCAAAGACAACAGCCUCCAGUCGGAGACUGUGCACUACAAGCGAGGAGUGUGUCAGCAGUUCUGCCUGCCCUCCCAUACCGUGGAUCCCUCCGAGUGGGCCGAAGAGGAGCUUGGCUUUGAUCUGGACAGAGAAGUUUACCCUCUAGUGGUACAUGCCGUGGUGGAUGAAGGAGACGAGUAUUUUGGCCAUUGCCAUAUACUGCUGGGGACUUUUGAGAAGCACACAGAUGGAACUUUCUGUGUCAAGCCCCUCAAACAGAAACAAGUAGUAGACGGGGUCAGCUACCUCCUUCAGGAGAUCUAUGGAAUUGAAAACAAGUACAACACACAAGAUUCUAAGGUGGCUGAAGACGAAGUGAGUGAUAACAGUGCCGAGUGUGUGGUGUGUCUCUCGGAUGUCCGGGACACCUUGAUUCUGCCCUGUCGCCACCUCUGCCUCUGUAACACCUGUGCAGACACCCUGCGCUACCAGGCCAACAACUGCCCCAUCUGCCGACUGCCCUUCCGGGCACUGCUUCAGAUCCGAGCCAUGAGGAAAAAAUUGGGCCCUUUGUCCCCAACCAGCUUUAACCCCAUCAUCUCAUCCCAGACAUCUGACUCUGAAGAGCAUUCAUCCUCAGAGAAUAUUCCACCAGGCUAUGAAGUAGUAUCUCUUCUGGAGGCCCUCAAUGGGCCCCUCACCCCAUCCCCAGCAGUUCCUCCACUUCACGUGCUUGGAGAUGGCCACCUCUCAGGAAUGCUCCCUUCGUAUGGCAGUGAUGGCCACCUGCCCCCUGUCAGGACCAUCUCACCUCUUGACCGCCUGUCUGACUGCAGCAACCAGGGACUCAAACUCAAAAAGAGUCUCUCCAAAUCCAUUUCCCAAAACUCUUCCGUGCUGCAUGAAGAGGAAGAUGAGCGUUCCUGCAGUGAGUCGGAGACACAGCUCUCUCAGAGACCAUCAGCUCAGCAUCUCGGAGAGGUGACUCGCACUUGCUCCAUGUCCUGUUGUGUCCCCCACACCCCCCAGGAAUGUGGUGUGACUCCAGAAAGUGAGAAUCUCACCUUGUCGUCAUCUGGAGCUAUUGACCAGUCGUCUUGUACAGGGACGCCUCUGUCGUCCACUAUUUCCUCCCCAGAAGGCCCUGCCAGCAGCAGCUUGGCCCAGUCUGUCAUGUCCAUGGCAUCCUCCCAGAUCAGCACCGACACCGUCUCCUCCAUGUCUGGCUCCUACGUCGCCCCUGGCACUGAAGAGGAGGGAGAGGCUCUCCCUUCCCCCCAGUCUGCCAGCAGGGCCCCCUCAGAAGAAGGAGAGGGGCUGCCAGCGGAGUCUCCAGACAGCAACUUUGCUGGCCUCCCAGCUGGAGAGCAGGAUGCAGAGGGAAAUGAUGUUAUGGAGGAAGAGGAUGGAUCACCCACGCAGGAAGAUGGCCAGAGGACAUGCGCAUUUCUAGGUAUGGAGUGUGACAAUAACAAUGACUUUGACAUCGCAAGCGUGAAAGCACUGGACAAUAAGCUGUGCUCUGAGGUCUGCUUACCUGGUGCCUGGCAGGCUGAUGACAAUGCCGUCAGUCGGAAUGCCCAGCGCCGGCGCUUGUCAUCCAGCAGCCUGGAGGACUCUGAGACGAGGCCCUGUGUGUGGGGCCCCUUGGCUGUCUGAGCCCCAGCCUCUGCACUUGGGCUCCUCUCCUGCCCCUGCAUUCCAUCCAUCCUCACUCAGCUGCUGCCUCCUGGGCAUCCUCAGCAAGAUGCUGGAGACUUUUCACCCUCCCGUGACAGCUGUUACAACCUGUAACCACAAUCCUUCACCUCUCAGGGGGAACUGGAGCUCUCCUUUCUCCCCGUGACCUAAAGCCACUCAAUGAACUGCAGCUCACGAGACCCUUUGCAGGGACUCUGGAAUGCCCCCACGGUAUCUUGAUGUUCAGGUGGAGCUGGGGUCCAUGGGCUAAUUUCUUACACAUCUUUUUUCUCCUUAGGGGGUAGAACAAGAAGGCUUAGAGUUUUGGCAGCCUUUGUUACAAACAUCCCUCUGGCAUUUCCUGGUCUCUGGCACAUCAUAACCAAUUGGAAACCUGCAGUUUGGGGUAGGGCUGGAGGAUGGCUCCGGUGAAAAGGGAGAGCAAUACUGCACGGAUAUGGCAUUUCCCUUCACAAGCACUAGGAGCACCUUUCUCAAGGACAAGAAAUGGUAGCAACCAAAAGGUUGGUUGAAAGAAAAAAUCCUUCCUUCUGGUAGCAGAGCCAGUCUCCUGGGCCUCACGUGCCUGUCUGCUUAAGAAGAAGCCCUUGAAUCUGAGAAUCCCCCGUUCCCUUAAGGAGCAUUUCUCCUGAUCAGGUGCAUUCAGGGAGGCCUGGGACUCCAUCCUAAGGUGACAUUUCAAGAAACGUGUUGACCACCUCUGUGUGCCAAGCACUGGGUGAGGAGUGGUCAUAUAUUUCAUCUUCACUCACCUGGGAGGUGGCAUUCUUGUCCCUGUUGCCCCCAUCUCUACCCCCUUUUGUUAAUGGUUGAGAGAAAUGUGAACCAGUGAUUCUUAGUUUGGUGCCCAGGUCCCCAAAGGAAGUGGUGGAGAGCCCUGAACUAAGUUCAGGCAGCAGCAUGUGACCAGCAGCAGUGCGCUGGGAGCAGAGGUUGGAAUCAGGGCUCAGGGCCUUCACCUCAAGGGCUCUCCCCAUCCUCCAUGUGUUCCUUCCUUGCCUUCCAGAGCUACUGAGCCUAAUCACUGAAGAGGGAGACGGAGCCAGUCACAUGCUGACUGGCAGUUCAGAAAUAGUGUUCUGUUCGUGUGCACUCCUCACCCCAGUCCAGUGUGAGGUCACAAAUACAAGAGCUAAAACAGCACAGCUGGACUGUGAGGUGGUGGCUGCUCUGCCUUCCUCAGCGUGCGUGUCAUCAGUGGAUUCCCUGUGGCUCUUCCAUGUGUUGUCUACUGGCCUUUGGAAAAGGUGGUGGUUUAGUAGGGCAUGAGAUUAUUUGGAAAGCAAAGCUAGAAACAACUAUUAUUUGUGAGAUUGAGAUGUGGGAGAGCCUUAUAGGCUAUGCCCAUUGUGGUGGACUUGUCUUAGGGUUUGGAAUUGUUGCCCUAAAAGAGCUUUUUGGCAAGGCUUGGUGGUUCAUGCCUGUAAUCCCAGCACUUUGGGAGGCCAAGGCGGGCGGAUCACCUAAGGUCAGGAGUUUGAGACCAGCCUGAACAACGUGGAGAGACCCCUUCUCUACUAAAAAUACAAAAUUAGCCAGGCGUGGUGGCACAUGCCUCGUAAUCCCAAAUACUUGGGAGGCUGAGGCAGGAGAAUCGUUUGAACUCAGGAGGCGGAGGUUGCGGUGAGCCGAGAUCGCGCCACUACACUCCAGCCUGGGUAACAAGAUCAAAAAGAUCGAAACUGUCUUUAAAAAAAAAAAAAUGUCAAGGUGUUUCCAAGGCAGAUAGCCUCAAAAAGAGCCUGGCGCCCAGGGGGUCCUUUGCUCCUGUGUGGCUGCAGAGGCCAGGAGUGCAGUGACAGUCUCACUGCCUAGUGAUUGUGGCUUACAUCCUGCCCUGAUAGAGUGGAGCGCGUCCUCCACCCUCUCUGAAAUACUGCAGUAGACUUUACCAUUUCAGGCCCCACCUAAUGUCCUUUCCUUCCCCCUACAUUCUUCCCGCCCCUUUCAUAGUUGAGAUGCAUAAGCUGAGCAAUAACCCCACUUCCUGAUUUCCCUGAAAUAUGAGCCCAGAAGCAGCAGGUGACAGGGAGCUUCCCUUACCCUGGGGUGGUGGCACACAGACCACCUCCUGUCCUGUCCCCUGCAGGUAGUAUUCACAGUGUGGUGUUACCUGGGAGGAGGGAGGAAGGAGCUGAGAUGAAGGAGAUUGAGGUAAACAGUAACCGCAGUGGCCAGGACCCCCUUCCUGGAGGAUCCGUGUCCUUCCUCAGCAGGUGCUCAGUCCUCUCCUAGGGAGAAGCACAGAAAGAUUCCUCAAGGCCUCAGCCCCAUGUCCAAGGCAUACCUAGGUUAGAAAUGUCCUUUACUUGUUUCUCAGUAACUAUUUCUCCUCUUCCUCUGUCCCCCUGCCUUCUCUUGGCUGUCAUUUAGCUCUGUGGCCCACAGAAAUACUUCAUCCAAGGAGUUGGUCCUCAGUCAGCCUGAUGAGGACAGGUCAGUGGCCAACUCUUUUGCCCCAGUCCUUCAUCUGGAGACAGUCACAUAGUCACGUCAACAGUUUACCCAAAGAGAAGAGGUGGACCUGGCUUCUCCCACAGGGCACAGCGUAACUAUGGAGACCCAGGGCUCCUUCCUGCUGCACUAGGCCUGUACUCUCUUUAGUAGUGUGUUCCUCACAGAGCCCUUUUUUCCUUCUGCCCAGUUCCAUCCCACCAGAGUUUCUACCCCCGCUGAGGCAUCUCCUAGGCAUAGACCCCCCACACUCUAAGCCGUCUCACCUGGAGAGUUAGGAUCCUGCCCACCUGGAGUUGGCACGCUGGUCACUCACUUUGCUUUGGUCUGCACACCUGGUGUGUGCAUGUGUAUACUGCUUGUGCCAUCUGUGUACCCCUCUCCCUGGAGUACACUUGUGGCACACUACAGUGGGGACAUCAAGAAUGCAAUAUUUAUGGAUUGCUGCAUGAUUCUUAAAAAUGAAUAAAACUGUUUACAAGGGAAGGA